AUGGCGCAGAUCCUUCAGGUGUGGCACACCAAGGUGAGGCCCCUGGAAGAGAAUGUGGACCUUGAAAAAAUGGUUGCUUUUGGUAGCCAACCCGAGUGCUCUAUCUGCUACAACACCUACGACAAUGUCUUCAAGACGCCCAAGCUGCUGGAGUGCACCCACACCUUCUGCCUGGAGUGCCUGUCGCGCCUCAUGGCCAUUUCGCUAGGAGAGCAGGAAGGAGGAGGCAGCAGCAAGAUCCCUUGUCCAUUCUGCCGCCACCCUACCCUCCUAACCAAGGAGGGUCCGCCUGCCCUGGCCACCAGCCAAGAGGUACUGUGUAAACUGCCCAGCCACCAGCAGCACGAGGAACCUGUGUGGCUUGAUGGGGAGAAGCUGUGCUACAAGCGGCCACUGGAGGCCAACCCCGGAUCAUCCAGCUCCACCUCGGCCUUCUGCAUCUCCAUCGACAUCGGGGCCAGCAAGGCAGGCGAGGUCCUUGCUCAGACAUGGCCCCAGCACAUAGGCUUCCUGGAGCAUCUGAACAACUGGAAGCGGCUGCUGCUCUUCAUCAUGUUGAUGGUGCUGCUGGUGGUCAUCGUGCUGUGGCCCCUGCAGUGCAUUGUCACCACGGGCAAUAUGCGCUGCAUGCCGCGUUCCGUGGGCUCAGUACACGGCGUCACCACCACCACCGCAUUCACCAGGAUACACGGUCUCACAAAGGGAGCCUUUAAUUAA